AGACAUUGAUGAAUGUGCAAGCGUUCCCGACUCUUUAAAAAGAGCUCGUGCUUGUCUUGUUUGUUCGCUAAUCAAGACUUAUGAUCAGUUUAAAAGAGAAGGAUGCGAUAAUUGUGAAAGUUUUCUUAGGCUUUGUGGUCAUCCCGAUAAAAUCAAGGAAUGCACAAGUACUGAUUAUAAUGGAAUUAUUGCUCUUAUGAAGCCUCGCGCCAACUCAUUCAUUUCUAAAGCCAAAGAACUUACACGGUAUGUACCAGGUACUUAUGCUGUUGGAGUUAGAGGAGAACUUCCAGACUGGGUUGAAGAAAUAAUGAUGGACGAAGGUAUUUCCUACGUCCCACGAGAUGGUACCAUUGAUGAUAAAUACCUUAUGCCGAAAAGGAAUCAACGUGUGAACAUAAAAAGAUUUUAA